AUGGCUGCCGUUGCCAUGGCACCCAACCCUGUGCAGACCCUUCAGGAGGAAGCAGUGUGCGCCAUCUGCCUCGAUUACUUCACGGACCCUGUGUCCAUCGGCUGCGGGCACAACUUCUGCCGAGUGUGUGUAACCCAGCUGUGGGGAGGGGAGGAUGAAGAGGACAGGGACGAGUUAGACCGGAAGGAAGAGGAGGAGGACAGAGAGGAGGAGGAAGUGGAGGCCGGUGGGGGUUGGGACACCCCCAUGCGGGAUGAAGACUAUGAGGGCCACAUGGAGAAGGAAGUCGAGGAGGAAGAGGAGGGUGUGUUCUGGACCAGUGGCAUGGGCGGGUCCAACUGGGAAAACAUGGACUACGUGUGGGAGGAGGAAGACGAGGAGGAAGACCUGGACUACUACUUGGGGAACGUGGAGGGGGACCUGAGGGGGGAGGACGAGGAGGAUGAGGAGGAAGUGCUGGAGGAGGACGAGGAAGAGGAGCUAGAUCCCGUCACCCCACUGACCCCGCCUCCAGCCCCUCGGAGGUGCUUCACCUGCCCCCAGUGCCGCAAGAGCUUUCCCAGGCGGAGCUUCCGCCCCAACCUGCAGCUGGCCAACGGUCAGGUGAUUCGGCAGAUGCACCCAACCCCUGGUCGAGGGAGCCGUGGGAACGAGCAGGGCAUUUGUCCCAAACACCAAGAAGCCCUGAAGCUCUUUUGCGAGGUGGAUGAAGCAGCCAUCUGUGUGGUGUGCCGAGAAUCCAGGAACCACAAACAGCACAGCGUGGUGCCAUUGGAGGAGGUGGUGCAGGAGUACAAGGCCAAACCGCAGGGGCAUGUGGAGCCACUGAGGAAGCACUUGGAGGCUGUGCAGAAGAUGAAGGCCAAGGAGGAGAGGCGGGUGACAGAGUUGAAGAGCCAGAUGAAGUCAGAGCUGGCAGCUGUGGCCUCAGAGUUGGGGCGGCUGACACGGUUUCUGGCCGAAGAGCAGGCAGGGCUAGAGCGGCGCCUCCGAGAGAUGCACGAAGCUCAGCUGGGGCGCGCGGGAGCAGCGGCCAGCCGCCUCUCGGAGCAGGCUGCCCAGCUGAGCCGCCUGCUGGCUGAGGCCCAGGAGCGGAGCCAGCAGGGGGGCCUGCGGCUGCUCCAGGACAUCAAGGAGACUUUCAAUAGGUGUGAAGAGGUACAGCCGCAGCCCCCAGAGGUCUGGUCCCCUGACCCAUGUCAACCCCAUAGCCAUGACUUCCUGACAGACGCCAUCGUGAGGAAAAUGAGCCGGAUGUUCUGUCAGGCUGCCCGAGUGGACCUGACGCUGGACCCUGACACGGCUCACCCGGCCCUGAUGCUGUCCCCUGACCGCCGGGGGGUCCGCCUGGCAGAGCGGCGGCAGGAGGUUGCUGACCAUUCCAAGCGCUUCUCGGCAGACUGCUGCGUGCUGGGGGCCCAGGGCUUCCGCUCUGGCCGGCACUACUGGGAGGUAGAGGUGGGCGGGCGGCGGGGUUGGGCAGUGGGUGCUGCCCGUGAAUCAACCCAUCAUAAGGAGAAGGUGGGCUCUGGGGGGUCCUCUGUGGGCAGCAGUGAUGCCAGCUCCUCUCGCCAUCACCACCGCCGCCGCCGGCUCCACCCGCCCCAGCAGUGUGUGGGCACCAAAGGCAAACGCUACCAGGCACAGAGCUCAACGGAGCAGACACUGCUGAGCCCAGGUGAGAAACCAAGGCGCUUUGGCGUGUACCUGGACUAUGAGGCCGGGCGCCUGGGCUUCUACAAUGCAGAGACUCUGGCUCACGUGCACACCUUUUCGGCUGCCUUCCUGGGCGAGCGUGUCUUCCCUUUCUUCCGGGUGCUCUCCGAGGGUACCCGUAUCAAGCUCUGCCCUUGA